AUGCCUCGCGAUUUGCAAAAUAGCUUGUUGUUCGAAGUGGCCACGGAAGUGGCCAACCGAGUUGGUGGUAUUUACAGUGUUUUGAAAUCCAAGGCUCCCGUUACUGUGGCCCAAUAUAAAGACAAUUAUACGUUAAUAGGUCCAUUGAACAGAGCUACGUAUCAAGGUGAAGUAGAACCAAUUGAUUGGAGUUCGCGAGAGGCAUUUAGUGAUGAAUUACGACCAAUUCAGAAUGUUUUACAAUCAAUGACCUCUCGUGGGGUCAGGUUCGUUUAUGGUAGAUGGUUAAUUGAUGGUUCUCCUCGUGUUUUGCUAUUUGAGCUGGACUCGGUAGCUGGAUAUUUGAAUGAAUGGAAAGGUGACCUGUGGUCAUUGGUUGGGAUUCCUUCACCGGAACACGAUCCGGAGACUAAUGAUGCAAUUAUGCUAGGUUAUACCGUUGCUUGGUUCUUGGGAGAAUUGGCUCAUUUGGAUCACCAGCAUGCUAUUAUUGCUCACUUUCAUGAAUGGUUGGCAGGUGUUGCUUUGCCGUUGUGCCGUAAGAGGCGUAUCGAUGUAGUGACAAUUUUUACUACUCAUGCAACUUUGCUGGGUAGAUAUUUGUGUGCUGCUGGUAACGUUGAUUUUUAUAACGAUUUGGCCAAGUUUGAUGUGGAUGCAGAAGCAGGGAAACGUGGCAUCUAUCACCGUUACUGUAUCGAACGUGCAGCAGCUCAUACCGCUGAUGUUUUCACUACAGUGUCACAAAUAACAGCACUGGAGGCUGAACACUUGUUAAAGAGGAAGCCAGACGGGAUCCUGCCCAAUGGGUUGAAUGUGGUUAAGUUUCAGGCAGUUCACGAAUUCCAGAAUCUACAUGCAUUGAAGAAGGAAAAGAUUAACGAAUUUGUCAGAGGGCAUUUCCAUGGUAGUUUCGAUUUCGAUCUCGAUAAUACUUUGUAUUUCUUCACAGCCGGUAGAUAUGAGUACAAGAAUAAAGGUGCUGAUAUGUUUAUUGAAGCAUUGGCACGUUUAAACUAUAGGAUGAAAGUUUCGGGUUCAAAGAAAACCGUUGUUGCAUUUAUCAUCAUGCCCGCCAAGAAUAAAUCGUUCACGGUCGAAGCAUUGAGAAGUCAAGCGGUGGUCAAAGCCCUGGAGAACUCCGUUAACGAGGUAACCAGUUUGGUUGGGAAAAGAAUCUUUGAACAUGCAAUGAGAUACCCUCAUAUGGGUGUGCAUCAAGAAAUACCUACUGAUUUGGAUGAGCUGUUGAAAAGCUCCGAUAGAGUGCUGUUGAAGAAACGUGUGCUUGCAUUAAGAAGACCCGAUGGUGAAUUACCACCUGUGGUCACCCAUAACAUGGUCGAUGACGCAAAUGAUCCAAUCUUAAACCAAAUCAGGCACGUUCAAUUGUUCAAUCAUCCAUCAGACCCAGUCAAGAUCAUUUUCCACCCAGAAUUCUUGUCUGCCAAUAACCCGAUCCUCGGUCUGGAUUAUGACGAAUUCGUCCGUGGUUGUCAUUUGGGUGUGUUCCCUUCAUAUUACGAACCCUGGGGGUACACUCCUGCAGAGUGUACCGUGAUGGGGGUUCCUUCCAUUACCACCAACUUAUCUGGUUUCGGCGCCUACAUGGAAGACCUAAUUGAAACUGACCAGGCCAAAGAUUAUGGUAUUUACAUCGUGGAUCGUCGUUUCAAAGCUUUAGACGAGUCCGUCGAGCAAUUAGUUGAUGACAUGGAAGAAUUUGUCAAGAAGAACAGAAGACAAAGAAUCAAUCAGAGAAACAGAACGGAAAGAUUAUCCGACUUACUGGAUUGGAGACGUAUGGGCCUCGAAUACGUAAAGGCCAGACAACUCGCCUUGCGUAGAGCUUAUCCAGAUCUUUUCAAACAAUUGGUAGGUGAAGAAUUGAAUGAUACCAACAUGGACACUUUAGCCGGUGGUAAAAAAAUGAAAAUUGCAAGACCAUUGAGUGUACCCGGAUCACCACGUGAGUCUAGAGCUAAUAGCACCGUUUACAUGACUCCCGGUGACCUAGGGACCCUGCAAGAUGCCAAUAACGCAGACGAUUAUUUCAGCCUGGGAGCUGGCAAUGAUGACGACGACGACGAUUUCGACGAUAACGUCUAA